AUUAUUCGCGAGCGUUGCAUGAAGAGCGCACAGACGUUGUCGUUUUAUGGUAAUUGCGAGUGAUGUCAUAUGUUUGAAUGAAUAUUCUGUUGGUGUCCUUCCUUCCUUCAUCCUGGUUCUGGAGUUUCAGCUAAUUGUGAGUGAGUGAGUGAUUGGUUAGAGAGAUGGCGGUUUCAGCUAUAAGAGGCGGUCGGUUGUUUCAUCAUCAUCAUCAUCGUCCUCAGUUGUUAUCACCCUCAGAUAAUUUCUUAAGAAGAAGGAAGCAGCAACUGAAUUGUGGAGGUGUCUCUAACCCAAAUUUCACUUUAUUUGCUCGUUAUUCUCAAGCCCAGGGCCAGGGUCACACCCAGGAUCGUUUCUCUUCUCCUUCUCGCCUCCAAGAUAGUAUUGAGGGGCUUCCCAAACUGGUGGAGGAUAUUGUCCAAACAUCCAUCACUACUGGUCCACGUGGUGCCCUUAGGCUUGCCCAAGGUGUCCAAGCUUUUCUCGGUGUUGGUAGCGAGUGGCUAGCUGAUGUUUCCAAAUCAACAAAUUCAUCUGUUGGAUUACCAACUCAAAUGCAGCUUGGACUACUUUCACCAGUUUAUUUAAGGAGAUUAUUUGAACGCAUGGGGGCGACCUACAUCAAAUUAGGCCAGUUCAUAGCAUCUGCACCAACAUUGUUCCCUCCAGAAUAUGUCCAAGAAUUUCAAAGCUGUUUUGAUAGAACUCCUGCAGUUCCUUUUGAAGACAUUCAAAAAAUUUUGCGUGAGGAAUUGGGGAGACCCAUAGAUAGUGUCUAUGAAUAUGUUGACCCAACUCCACUUGCUUCGGCCUCAAUAGCCCAGGUUCAUGGUGCAAGGCUUAGAGGCUCCCAAGAUGAUGUAGUUAUAAAGGUCUUGAAACCGGGAAUAGAGGACGUAUUGGUGGCAGAUCUGAAUUUUGUAUACAUCGUUGCUCGCAUAUUGGAGUUUUUGAACCCUGAACUCAGCCGUGCAUCAUUGGUUGAUGUUGUCAAAGACAUACGAGUGUCAAUGCUUGAAGAAGUUGACUUUUACAAGGAGGCUGCAAAUAUUGAGUCCUUUAGGAGAUAUCUGGAAGCCAUGGGACUCACAAGGCAAGCUACAGCUCCAAAAGUGUAUCAGCACUGCAGCACCCGACGACUUCUGACAAUGCAGAGGCUUUAUGGAGUUCCUCUUACUGACCUAGACUCCAUAAGUUCACUUGUUUCUAGUCCAGAGGCUAGUCUUAUAACUGCUCUUAACGUGUGGUUUGGUAGCUUGCUCGGCUGUGAAUCCUUCCAUGCAGAUGUUCAUGCAGGCAAUUUGUGGUUGUUACGUGAUGGUCGUAUUGGGUUUCUUGAUUUUGGAAUUGUUGGGCGUAUAUCUCCCAAGACAUGGGCUGCCAUGGAAAUAUUUUUGGCAUCAAUUGCAGCUGAAGAAUAUGAUUCGAUGGCAUCUUCCUUGAUUGAAAUGGGUGCUACAGACAAGGAUAUCGAUACUAAGGCUUUUGCAAGAGACUUGGAAAAGAUAUUUUCAUCAAUACAGGAUUUGGAUACAGAAAUAGUUGUAGCAACAGCCAGGGGGACAACUACAGAUGCAACCGCUAUCUCUGCUAAUCUAGUUGUUGAUGAGAGGCAAAUGAAUGCACUCUUUCUUGAUGUGGUUCGGGUUAGUGAAUCUUACGGAUUGAGAUUUCCUCGUGAAUUUGCACUUCUCAUGAAGCAGCUUCUAUAUUUUGAUCGGUACACCCGGUUGUUGGCUCCGAACAUGAAUAUGCUUCAGGACCAGAGGAUCUCCAUUGUUUCAAACCGAAGAAGCAAAUACAGGGACAGUUUCAAAUGAAUCUUGUUUAUAUAGAUAUACUUUCUCCUAGGUGAAAGGCUUUAUUUUUGUUUCUCUUUUAUAUAUAUGACAAUAAGCACUCCAUAGUUAGAAUUAAACAUCCAAGAGGAAAAUAUAGACAAAGCAAGAAAGAUAUGUACUCAUUUAAUUCAAAGUGCUAUACAUGAUUUAGUAGCAAUGGAACUUUUGAUAAUUCUGUUGUAUGAGCAUUAGG